UUUACUAGUUUUAGUACAGAUUCCAUAUUGCCUAAAGGUUGUAUCAUAGUGAAUCAUCAGAUUAACAAGAAUAUGUAUGCAAAUGAUAAGAUACUAGCAAAUAUAUAAAUCUGGGUCUGAAAAUACUAUAAAAAGCAUAAUAUACCUAUAUUAACGCAAAUGGCAAUCAAUGACUUACCCUCACCUAAUGAGAAUAAAGCAACUUUACUUCUAUCUCUACAACUGAAAAAAAUUCCCACGGAUAAUAUAAUGGAUAAACCAAAAUAUUCAAAUAAUGAAGAUAUAGUUUCUACCAUGGAAAGAUAUAGUAGAAACCAUGCAAGUAGUUCUCAAUACAUUCCAACACCCAAUGAUUGCGCAUCAAAUAAUUCAAUUAAUACAUCACAAUUAAAUGUUGACACCAACUAUCAUAAACCUAAUUAUAAUAGUUCAAACACUAAUGAUACCAAUUUAUUAGGACUGAAUGUUGAUGAUGAAAUUAGAAAUUCAGUUAAUGAUACAAUAGGUUCUAAAGAAGAAGUAGACUUGAUAGAACUAUUAGGUCGAGAUUGGCCUGUUCAAGCUGGUGAUAGUUUAACUAAUAUUUUAAAUUCAGAUUAUAAUUACAAUAAAGAUACUAUAAGUAAACAAGAUUAUAAAAAAUAUGAAAUCAAUCACCGAUUGAAACAUACACAAAAUAGGUAUAGUUUAAACUCCGAAAGAAAUAAGUCAAUGAAUCCUAUUUCUCACUUAAUAAGCGAAAGGAAGUUUAGUGAACAACCAAGAAAUCAUAAUUUCAAAACUGAAAGUCACAUUAUUGUAAAUAAACUUAAUGAUAAUACAAGCUCUCUUAAAAAUAAUAAAGAACAAAAAACAGAUUUGACCAAUCCAUCAGGUUUGGAAGAUUAUUUGCCCAGAACAUCAACAAGUGUUAAUACACAGUGCAAUAAUUCCCAAAUAAAAUAUGAAAGCGUUUUUGCAAUCGAAGGCUCGGAUCUUGGUAUUGGGUCAAUGAUCCAAGUAAUUACGGAUAUAUCAGAACCACUCUAUGGUGUUUUAAAAUGGCUUGGAAAAAGUUCUGAAAAUUCUCAAAAUAUAAUAGCAGGUGUUGAAUUAGAAGAGGAGCAUCCUCAUUUACCAUUGACAUUAUCUAAUGGUGUUUAUUGUGGAAAAAAGAUGUUUGAUUGCCCCACUAACCGAGCUUUAUUUAUCCCUUUUGAACAAUGUCAACCAGAUGAAAGGUUUGUCGAUCAAAAACGAUCUCUUCAGCCUGGGCAUUCAAGAACUUUUGAAGAUCUUGAUUCUCGACUCUUUGGAAAUGUUGAGUGUCUUGCGGUGCCAGGAUCUAUAGCACCUUUGAGCAAAACUUCAGAUUUAGAAUCUGUAUGUGGAAAAUUCAAAGGCAUACAAGGACAUCACAAUUCCUGUUAUUUAGAUGCAACACUUUUUUCAAUGUUUACAUUCACAAGUGUAUUUGAUUCUUUGUUAUUUCGGCCUAAAGGACAUCAGGACUCUGAUCACUAUGAAGAAGUACAAACAGUUUUACGUGAAGAAAUUGUAAAUCCUUUACGAAAAAAUUUAUUUGUGCGGGCUGAUAAAGUUAUGAAAUUAAGAAAAUUAUUAGAGAAAUUAUCAUCCGUUACUGGCCUAACAUGUGAAGAAAAGGAUCCUGAAGAAUUUUUAAAUUGCUUACUAUCACAAAUUUUGAAUGCCGAUCCAUUUUUAAAACUGAAUUCUGGACAAGAAGCAUUUUAUUAUCAGUUGUUUGUAGAAAAGGAUGAAAGACUCUUGCUACCAUCAGUACAGCAGUUAUUUGAACAGAGCUUUCUCACAUCUGAUAUUAAAUUGAAACAAGUGCCAUCUUGCUUAAUAAUACAAAUGCCGAGGUUUGGUAAAUCGUAUAAAAUGUAUCCUAGAAUAUUACCUUCACAAUUGCUAGACGUAACAGAUAUAAUAGAAGAUUCACCUCGACAGUGUACAGUGUGUGGAAAACUUGCGCAUUAUGAAUGCAAAGAUUGCUUUGGACAAUGUGGAAUGGGGUUGGAAAGUACUGCAUUUUGCAAACCCUGUCUCGAUACUGUACAUUCCCAUGCCAAGAGGGCAAAUCAUAAAGCCAAGCUCUUGUCAGUUCCAAUAGAUUUUUCCAUAAUGGCUGAACAUUGUCCGGUUCCUAGACUAUAUAUGGAAUUAUUUGCAGUAGUUUGUAUUGAAACAUCUCAUUAUGUGACAUUUGUGAAAGCCGGGUCUGGCCACAAUGUGCCUUGGUGCUUUUUUGACUCGAUGGCUGACCGAAAAGGUGAGCAAAAUGGCUACAAUAUACCUGAGAUGGUGAGUGUCCCGGAUUUGCCGGAAUGGUUAUCUGAUGAAGGGGCACGUAUGCUGCACGAGCAGUACCCUAACGACAAGCAAUUACCUGAACAUGCUAAGAGAUUAAUGUGCGAUGCCUAUAUGUGCAUGUACCAAAGUCCUGAUGUAAUGAUGUAUAGAUAAUUUAAUAACU